AUGUCACUACCUACUUUACCUAAUGAAAUAUUCCACCAAAUAUCUACCUGUCUUUCUCAUCAAGAUCGAAAAGAAUGCAUGUGUGUUUGUCAGUCAUGGUUAGAUCGAUUCCAGCCUACCGUAAUGCAAUGUAUAUACAUCUCCAGUCGCCAUCAAUUGAAACAGUUUAUAGCUAAACUGGCAGAAACAACCAACUCAAGCCGACCAUUAGGUUUGCUAGUACGUCGACUAGCUUUGCUUUCACAUGUCGGUAUGAGCAACAAGGAGUUUCAUCUCUUGCCCAUCUACUGUCCGUAUCUCGAAUAUAUUGACUUUAACCCAGCACUAUGGCGCUAUUUCGCAUAUACAGCUCACAUAGGGCAAUGGAGAUAUCUGGCUCAGUUUCCGUGCAUGGGAAGGCUGAGGCUGACACUUCCAAUUUUACAGGAUACAGGAUCAAGUAUCACGCAUUUGGAAAUGAGCAAUGUGAUGGUGGAUGAAUUAGCGGACACCAACAUGACCAUCAUCUCUCUACUCAAAUAUACACCCAAUCUCAUCUCACUCAAGCUGUCAAAUGGCAUUAUGACGUCUCAGAACAUCUCCAUAUCAGAAUUCGAAUCUAUUCACACAUUUUGCCCACAUAUCGAGACAUUGCGCCUUGAUUCAUUCGACUCCCAUUUAAUGACUAAAGAUGGAUACUUGGUGGAUAUCGAGACGUUACCCACAGCAUCCCAACUGAAGAAUUUGCGGCUAAACAUGUCAAUCAACAGCGAAGACUUUCUGCAUUAUUGGGCACACAAGUAUCCGUUCAUUCAGACGCUGGAUAUCCAACUUCGAUUAUUAGAGCCUGAAUACUAUCAUGAAGCAGUGCAACCAGAAAACUCUCGAAUGAAGGAAUCCUUUGCUGUCAUGGCAACAAGCUUUCGACAUCUCAAACGACUGAAGGCUCGGUUUGAUGAAAAAUAUUUUCCUUGCGACGUUUUCUUGAACGGUAUUAAUAGCAUCCCUACGCAAAUGGAGCAAGUAUCCAUCCACUUUUUCAACUUUGACUAUCAUCGACGAAGUGCGAGGAAUUUCAAGCUGCUGAUGAGCAAUUCAAUCAACACCAUGACAGACAUCAAUAUCAGCAAUUGGGACAGAAGCUGGGAUUAUGAACUGGAUAUACUAGAACCGUUAAGCCGAUGCAGUCAUUUGAGAAACCUCUCUUUGUCGCCUCAACCUGGCACCUUGACAGAAUUCGACAUUGACAUAAUACUUGACCGUUGUAUACAUCUGGAGCGGCUUGAACUCUCAAAUACAUAUAACUUGUUUGUGCGAGACGAUGCCAAUGACAAUAUAGUCAAGAUUCACCGCCUAGAGGCAAUUACACUCAUGCACACUAUGGUAAACAACAGGCUAUUUGAGUAUUUGGCUCUUCGAUGCCCAUUUCUCAACACACUGGAUAUAUCCCAUGUCAUCAAACCCUAUGACAACAACAUUCAAGUAACAAUCAACAUGCCUUACCACCGUUUUAAAUCGAUCCAUAUUGAAAAGCUGCAACUUGGACUCCGUAUUGAGGAUUCUGGCUUCCAGUGCAAUCAUUAUGCGACUAUACUAUCUCUAGAAGAAACUGAAAAGACAGAAAAGCAGCUAGAAAGACAACGAAGAGCACUGGAAAACCACAAGCAUGUAGCCGCAACCACUAGAUAUCCAGAGCGUUGGUAUCAUUUGUAUCAAUCCCAGCGAAGGUGCAAAGGCCAUAACAACGAAAGCAUGCUGAUGGACAAGCUGCAACCAAGAGUACAGCGUUUAGAUGAAUCUGAUAUUGACAAAAUCAAAGGUUUGCAUGUGACAAAGCAGUUAUGGGAGCAAAUAUCGUUCGUUGGAUCCAGAAUCAAGUACGAAGAUAAAAACAACUGGCACCUGGAUAUUCCUUUCGGUCACUUUUCUGUACGUUGUAGGUCUGUCAAUGAGAUCCGAUUUGAACAAAUUGCACUAUAA